ACCUUUCUCCUUUGAAAAAAUAUUCUAUCUACAAGACUCAAUCGCCCCCCCGCCCACUCAACUGGAGUAUAGUAUCAGAAUGCUUGCUGCCAAUAAGGAGAAUGCUCUCAAUGCCCAUGUACCACACUUGGGAAGGAUCAAUGCCAGAACUCCCGGGCCUUCGAAGUUGCAUCCAAAAACACCCUACAAAGUCCCUUUGAACAACGAGAACGUUGCUAGGAAAGCUGGCAAACAAACGUUGUUUGUGGGAAAUGAGUCAUCGCAGUUUGUUACUCCAAUUGGUGAGUUCGGUAGUUUACUCUCAGUUAUAUUAGUUUUGAAAACUCACUUGUUCGCGUGUGAAGGACUAGGGGGGGGCUCUAGAAGACCUGCUUUGACUGGCAAAACAACCAAUGCAAAAGCAAGGAUUUUUAUCUCCUCUGCUGGGGGUUCUUUUGAACAGCAGCCGAAGCCGGCUGGGGGUAUAUCGCGUCCAGACAGUUCUAGAAGAUCCAUCCCGGAGGACGUGCGUCCCGUUCUACACAGUGAGAACGGGGAGUAUCCGGAAAUUGAAUACAUGCCUCAGUGCCCUCCCGGUACACUUUUUCUUCCUCCAGAUAUUCAUGUUAGUAUGAGCGCUUACAAUUGACAGACCUGUCUGAUAUUCCUGACGACUUCUCUGCUCCCGAUUACGACAAACUAGGCAAAAGCAUCUAUAGGGGAUGUCAUCGGCAAUUCCUCCUUGAUAUAGAUGAAUUCGGGAGGACAUGUAUCGAACGACAGGUUGAGGCAAGCCAGCGACAAAUCGAUGCUAUGCUUGACGCAGAGACUGAGGAGCUAUUGAAGCCCCUUUCCCUGAGAAGUAGUGGUGCCGCAGGGCGCAAGAAAAUUGCCUACCUUAGCUCGGGUCCUUCCAGCACGAAGCAAGAAGUGGGAAAAACCGCUCCGGCGAAGCCAACUGUGACAAAAAGGCCCACAUCGAGGUCGGCAUCGGCGCUCGGCCGCUCUAGCUCUACUGCGUCGGGUCAGGGAUCAUCGACAAACAGAGCUGUGAAAUCCAUGGCCCUAUUCUCCAAGCGCCCUGCCUCGUCAAGUUCAAAUGUUGGACCUAAAGCAGCUAGCAGGACAGCGAGCCAUUCUCGAUCGAUCUCUGCCUCCACCAUCAAGAAACCCCUGAGCUUCCCCACUAGACCUAAGGCAAUGCCUCCUCCUCGUCCCGAAAGCAGAACACUCAGCGCUGCGAAUUACGGGCCUGCCAUAGGGCACACCAGAGGGAAAGAGGGUAGUAGAGAGGUGAAGAGGAGGGUACAGACGACUGGCCCCAAGGAAACUGCCCUCGAAGCAUGUGAGAGAGUUCUGCACGAGCACGAAGAAGAUUUCUCUCCUGUUAUCCUCCCACCGUUAGGGACCGAUGGCGGAGAUUGCGAAGAUCCGGUUAUUAUGCCUCCAAUUGAUGAUAUCGAGGAGGAAUUUUAUAUGCAGGUUCCGGAAUAGGUAGAGAUGGAGGAAUUCCUAUAAGGGUUAUGUGGAGUACCGGUAUGCCGCCAACGGGUAGGGCAAUUAUUCUAGCACCCUAUUUGGUCGGGUAGGUGGCACUUGUUAGCACUAGAUGGAGCUGUAAUGUACAUUAGUUUCUUUCAUGGUGGGUUUCGGAAUCGGGUAUACGAUAGUAUUGUAUUGCUCUAUGGGAUUGGAUUGCGAAGGCUAUGGCAAGCCUAAAUCGAACCGGCCGUCGGAGGGGGAUGCAGCGGUCAGAUCUUUCUGCAGGGGGAUUGAGGUCAAAUAGGUCAAGGAAGUUGCUACGGUCUUGCGCUCGGAUGCUAAUAGCCGAAUGUAUUCUCUUUAGUCUACGGGCUGUAAGCUAGCCAGAAUCUUUAUCAAAGGUGACCUGUGGCCGCUGUGCCUCUUGCUUGCAAGGUACCGUAGUCUAACCACUGUGUACUCGGAUGUGUCCUUAAUAACCGGAAACUAAGGGUGGCAAAACAGGGAUUGGAGAGAUUGGGAGAU